AUGGUCUUACCGGUGGAGGAAAACAAAAUUCUAAAUUUCAAAAAUGAUAAGUUCAAAGAGCCUGUACCAUUUGCCAUUUAUGCUGACCUGGAAUGCAUUUUAGAAACUAAUGAGAACGAUGAUGAUAACUUGUGUCAAAAACAUGUGCCAUACAGUAUCGCUUUCUACUUACAAUGUUCGUUUAAUACAACUCUAUCGCGCUUUAACAUCAAACGUGGCUCUGACUGCAUCAUCUGGUUUAUGAAUGAGUUGAAAAAAAUCGGAGUGAUGGUUGAUGACAUUUUAAAGACUGUUGUGCCAAUGGAGAGACUCACUAGCAAACAAUUGCAAGAUUUUGAAGUAUCCCAAGAGUGUCAUAUUUGUGAGAAACCGUUCAUUUCUACAGAUAUUAAACAUCGAGAUCAUUGUCACUUUACUGGCAGGUAUCGUGGAGCUGCACAUGCAGGAUGCAAUAUUAAUUAUAAAAAUCCACAUGAAAUACCAGUGGUUUUUCAUAAUCUCUCGGGUUAUGAUGCACAUUUUUUGAUUGUUGAUUUAGUGAAACAUUUUGAAAGUUCCGUAGAAUUGCUGCCACUAACUAAAGAAAAGUAUAUAUCAUUCCGAAAAUAUUUACCACAAACGAAAGUUAGCUUGAGAUUCAUUGAUUCGUUCAGAUUCAUGGCUAGUAGUCUUGAAAAAUUGGCAUCAUACUUGACUGAUACGGACAAGACAAUCACCCGAGCGCAUUGCAAUACCGAGGCUGAAUUUCAUCUUUUAUUGCGGAAGGGUGUAUUUCCAUAUGAAUACGUAGAUAGUUGGGAGAAAUUGGAUGAUGAAAAAUUACCGCCUAAAGAAUCUUUUUAUUCAUCAUUGAAUAAUCGGGAGAUAUCACAAGAGGACUAUGAACAUGCGUGUCAAGUUUGGGAGAAGUUUGACAUCUCAACACUUGGGGAAUAUUCAGAUUUGUAUUUGAAAACUGAUGUUCUACUCCUAGCAGACAUUUUUGAAAAUUUUAGAAAAAGCUGCUCUUCGGUGUAUAAGCUAGAUCCAUUGCAUUAUUACACAGCGCCUGGACUAGCAUUCGAUGCAAUGUUGAAAUACACAAAAGUGGAAAUUGAGCUUUUAACAGAUGUUGAUAAGCUUUUAUUCAUUGAAAAAGGGAUUCGUGGAGGUGUCGCUCAAUGCACCAAUCGUUAUGCUCACGCCAACAAUAUAUAUAUAUAUAUAUAUGGAUAUAUGGAUGAAAAUUACGAUAAAGAUAAAGAUGAGUCGUAUCUCAUGUACUUUGAUGUUAACAACCUGUACGGUGCGGCUAUGAGUCAACAUCUACCCUAUGGCGGCUUCGAAUGGGAAAAUCCAGAAGGAUUCAAUGUUUUCAAUGUUCCUGAUGACUCUCAAGAUGGAUAUAUUCUGGAAGUAGACUUGGAGUAUCCCAGAGAAUUGCAUGAUGCACACCGAGAUCUACCGCUGUGUCCCGAGCAUUUUGCCCCUCCAAAUCGUAAGAAUAAAAAUUUUAUGACUACUCUGUAUGCUAAAAAAUCUUACGUUAUACAUUACAGAAAUUUAAAGCAAUGUCUGACUCUUGGUAUGAAAUUGACAAAAAUUCUCCGAAUAUUGAAGUUUAAGCAGGGAACAUGGCUCAAGCCCUACAUUGAUUUAAAUACUGAAAAAAGAAAAGAAUCGAAGAAUGACUUUGAGAAGAAUUUCUUCAAAUUGAUGAAUAAUGCAGUCUUUGGGAAAACCAUGGAGAAUGUGAGGAAACAUAAAGAUGUCAAAUUAGUGACUAAAUGGGAGGGGAGGUAUGGAGCAAGAGCUCGUAUGGCUCAGCCUAAUUUUCACAGCAGUCUCAUUUUCGACGAUAAUGACAUUUAUGAGCUCAUCAAAGACAGUCCAUCAAAAUUCGACACUUCGGACUAUCCCGAGAAUAAUGUUUAUGGAAUAAAAAGACACAAUAAAAAAGUGUUGGGUGUAAUGAAGGAUGAAU